AUGUCCAGUAGGCAACUCAAGAAACUGCGCAAGCAGCAGGAACUCGCCAACCUCCAAAAAGCUGCAGCAAGCGACGACGAGGAAGCAUCUGACCUCGAGCCGGAGCCUGUCAAGCCCCGUGCCAGCGGCUUCUCUGCAUUUGCGGCCCUGGGAGAUGGAAACGACGAGGAUAACGAUGACGACGAGCCCCAAGAGCCCGAAACAAUCGCGAACGAGUCACCCAAACCUGCACCCGAAGCUGUGACGCCUGCGAAGAAGAGCAAGAAGUCCAAGAAGAAAAAGAAGGCGAAGAAAAUCGAAGAAGAGGCUCGUGCCGUCACAGGUUCAAAAGCACAAGAUGAGGGCUUGGACGAGAUUGACCGUGCUCUGAAGGAGCUGAAUAUGUCGCCCGCGCCUGAUGCAGCUAAGGAGGGGAACUCUCAGACAACACCAUAUUCGCACGAGCUUGCCAAGCUGCUGAGCAUCAAUACACACCAUCUCAAAGUUUUGAACGAGAUGAGAGCGCUUUUUGGCCGCGAAACUAUCGAGGCAGCUCGCGCAGAAGACGAGGCUGAAGCACAGCAGAAUCGACGGCAACGACAAGUCCCACAGAACGUCGACCUCGAAACAUUCCUCAAGGGCCGACCAGGCCAAAAGAUGUCAGAGGUCCUGAUCCGGAGGAACCCUUUCAUUCAGGGCAAGGACACAUGGCCGCGUGCUUCAGCUGGGGGGCUGUCGAUGGAGGCUCUCGUCUCUGAGAGUUCCAACUUUGUGGAGUACAAGUUUUCUCAUGACAAGACCUAUGACGAGCUCGAAGCUAAGUUCUUCGCCUACGUCCAGCUGCAUGACCCCAUGCAGAUCGUCUACUUCUUGCACAGAAAUCCGUACCAUGUCUCCUCCCUAAUCCAAGUCAGCCGAAUCGCGAAACAAGAUCAGAACUCGGCUUUGUCGGCAGAUCUUUGUGAGCGGGCCUUAUUUACUAUUGGAAGAGUUACUCUUUCCACUUUCAGGAAGCGAAUAGAGCAGGGCACAGCUCGAAUGUCAUUCGACCGUCCCGAGAACCGGCAAUUUUGGCUUGCAGGCUACCACUACAUUAAGAGCUUGCUUCAAAAGGGAACAUAUAGAACCGCUCUCGAGUGGACCAAGCUAUUUAUCAGUAUCGCACCCGAGGAUGAGUACGGCAUGAUGAACUGGACACAUGCUCUUGCUAUCAGAGCUCACCAGGCCCAGUGGUUUGUUGAUCUCUGUGGUGCCGGAUACUUCGAGACGUGGCGACUCCACAUGCGGGAAUACUACAAACAAACCUUAGUCCUCGCAAAGCUACAGCUGAAGGACGUUGGAGGCGCCAGGAUCGCCCUCCUUAAGGGUAUGGAAGAACUCCCAUGGCUCUACUCCUCGCUUUAUAGCGCCUUAAAUCUCGAUACGCCCAAAGCAGUUUGGGGAAUCAGGCCGCGUGACGGCAACGAGGAGCUAUAUACUGAGUUGUACAUUAACACCGCUAAGGAUUUGUGGAACAACACACAAGCGGUCUCCCUAUUGAAAGAAGCGGGCGAACUUGCGCAGAAGGUCGACGCCAAAGCCUUACCAAAAGCUCGGGACAUACCUCUUAGCAUUGGCAGAUUCGUCUAUCUAGACAACACGCCCGCUCUGAUGAGUUUGGUGCCGAAGUCGAUGCUGCAUGCUACACCGAAUUUUGACUUUGAUCCACUGCCGCCACCGAAGCAGCUCAAUGUGUUUUCAAGUGAAGCGCAAAAGCUUCCAUGGGAUGCGCCGACAGACUUCUGGCAAACCGCGAAUGCCGGUAUGGACCCGAGGAUGCGGCAGAUCAUGGAUCAGGCUAUGGCGCAGGCAGCGGAAAGAGCUGUGGAUGGCCACGAUAAUGUGUUCUUCAACAAUGACUCUGACGGUGACGAUGAUUCCGCAACCGAAGAGGACGAGCCGCCGCCGCUUGAGGAGACCACGGAGGCAGAAGCGCGAGGAUUGGGCCCCAUACAGAGAUUCCUGGAAUACAUCCUACCUAUGCAGUACUUGAACAGAGGCGGUGACAAUGGCGCUGCCGAGGAGCAGGCUGCAUGGAUGGAGGAUGAUGAUGAUCAGGAUUAUUUGGGGGAGCCGCCACCGCUGGAACGAGCAGAUGCCAGGGAGCACGACGCCGAAGAUAGUGAGGAUGAUCGGUCGCACAGGUAG